AUGUCCAUUUCAAACUAUAAAAGACGGACUUCACAGAAUCCGUAUUCACCAUCGUUCUCAUCGUUCACAAUAUACAGAACCGCAAUGAGCAAACCUUCUCUAUUUAGUCCAAGAAGGACUAUGAGUGCAGUAGAUACAAUGGAGCACAAUACAGGGCCUAAUAAACUUAAAAGGUGCGCUUCAUCUUCAUCAUCAUCACACAACUUUCAUGACUCCGAGUCUUCAAUAUUGAAUUCAAGUAACAUUGGACAGACAUCUGGUGUUCUGACAAGUCUAUAUGAUUCGGGAAGAAUUGCUAUAUCUAAUAUCAUGCAUUCACAGUUAAAUGACCAUACAACUAAUAGUAAGCAUGAAAUUGAUUAUAAAGAAACCUCUUUUACACCUUCAAAAAGAACUAAACUCGAGAAAACGAGACCUUUACAAUCCAACAAUGAUGACGGCAGCAAUGUGUUGAAGUUUUCAAAAGAUCCUUUUGGUUGGAAUAAAUGGGAAACAACGCCGAUUGGGGGCCCAAAUGAUCAAGAUGAUAGUAAGCCAGUCCAGUAUGGUACAAGAUUUAUGAGAAGAAAAAAAUCAAAGAGAGAAAAUAUCAAUGAUGCUAAAAUGAUUUUACGUGGUCGUUCAGAUGAAGUUUCAUAUUUAAAGCAAAUUUUUAAUGGAGAAUAUACUCUUCCAAAGGUAAUUGAGGAUGAACGACAACAACAGUUGAAGCUCCUAGAGAGGGAUAGAAAGACUGGCCAGCGCCAUAAUAAAUUUAAGAAAACUGUGAUUGAUCUAACCGAGAGAAUAAAGAAUGUUUUGUUGGAUAAUAAACAGUCCCUACUUUUAAAACAGAAAAAAGAGGAGGAUGACUUGAUUUUUAUUAAAGAAAAGAAGUUAACACCGUUAGAAAGAAAGCAUAAAGAAUUCUAUAAUGAAAAUUUGAAAUUAGAUCAAACACUUCUCAAUUUCGAAAAAGAAUUCAAAAACUAUAAGCAGUUGGUGGAAGAAAGAAAGAAGAUACAGGAUCUAAUAAGAAAAAAAAGAGAGGAAGAAUUAACUAAAAAACAAGCUUUAAAGAAACUGAUCCCCGAAUUAGAUGCUUCUAAGAUUGCUUUAGUUAAAAAGGCAUUAAGCAGAAAUGAUAACAACAUGGUAAUGAAUAAAGAUAAUUUGGAAAUAAGAGUUAGAGAUCUUAAAACUCUAGCACCUAAAAGGUGGCUAAAUGAUACUAUAAUCGAAUAUUUUAUGAAGUCCAUUGAGAAAAAGACAGAAAGAACAAUUGCUUUCAACUCAUUUUUUUACACAAGUCUUUCUGAACGUGGUUAUCAAGGUGUGAGAAGGUGGAUGAAAAGAAAGAAGGUGAAAAUUGGAGAGUUAGAUAAGAUCUUUGUUCCAAUUAAUUUAAAUCAAUCUCACUGGGCUUUAUGUCUAAUUAAUAUUCCUGAUAAGACGAUUAGUUAUGUUGAUUCAUUGUCUAAUGGUCCUAGUGCAAUGAGUUUUGCCAUUUUAAGUGAUUUGAAAAAUUACGUCGUACAAGAAAGUGGAAAAAUGAUGGGGGAAGAUUUUGAGUUCAUGCAUUUAGUUUGUCCGCAACAGCCCAAUGGUUUCGAUUGUGGUAUUUAUGUCUGCAUGAAUGCACUGUAUCUAAGUAAAGAUUCUGCAUUGACAUUUGAUCAUAAGGACGCUGUCAGAAUGAGAAUUUAUAUUGCGCAUUUAAUUUUAUCAGAUAGUACUAAAUAG